AGAGAAGGGAGAAGCUUGAGACAAAAUAUAUUGACAGAUGUCCUUUGUUGCAUGUUUAUGAUCGUUCUGUUUGAUUAGCACAUUCGAAAGAAGUAAUGGCGAAAAUGGAAGCUGCGUUGUAUGCUUGCGCCAUGAUGUGUGUUUUUAUUUUAAAGUGCGUUCAAUGUCACGUGAUCGAGCUGGACGACAGGUUUUUGAAAGAUAGGUAUGAAGCGAACUGGCUAGUGGAGUUCUAUGCUCCAUGGUGUGGCUAUUGUAAAAGAUUGGCUCCAGUAUGGUCUGAAGUUGGUAGCUCUCUUUCCCACUCAGGAGCCAAUAUUAGAGUUGCUAAAAUAGAUUGCACCAGAUACUCAAGUGUUGCUGAUGAGUUUGGUGUCAGAGGAUUUCCAACAAUAAAAUUUAUACGUGGUGAUACAGUCUAUACACAUCAAGGUGGAAGAACUAAAGAAGAUAUUAUACAAUUUGCACAGAAAGCAAAAGGGCCGGCAGUACAUCAGUUGACAAGUCGUGGACAGUUCUAUAAUAUCAAAAGUCAGCAUGAUAUAUUUUUUCUAUAUUCUGGAUCUGAUCCAGACUGCCCAGUGUUGGCAAAAUUCAAGAGAAUAGCAGAGGACAAAUUGAUUCACAACUAUUUCUGUUCUGCGAAACCUGAGAUACUUCCCGAAGACUUGAAAAUUACGGAAGAUCCAGUAGUAAUGGUGUUUAAAGACAAAACACACUACAAAUUUGAAGCUCCUGAUGGGUUGCCAACAUCUUCUGCAUUAUCUGAAUGGAUCAGCAGUGAAUCAUUGCAGGCAUAUGUAAAACUUACUAGCGAUAAUCUACAUACCAUUGCGGCUUCAGGUAAAUUUUUGGUUAUUGCUGUGAUAGAUGAAAAGGAAAGAAGAGUUUCAGCUAAACAAGACAGAGUUAAAGUAAUGUUAGAAAGACUAGCAUUAAAUCAUAGAGACACGUAUCACAAAAACUUUCAAUUUUGUUGGAUGGAUGGUGCUGAGACAAUCUCUAAUAUCAUAAUGAGUUCUGUAUCUACCCCCGAUGUGAUUGUAAUAAAUCCAUACACAUAUCAUUAUUACCGAAAUGAGAUACCAGUAUCUGAAAUUACAUUAAAUACAAUGUCAACCUUCUUAGAGCAAGUGAAAAAUGGCACUGCUGUGGCUUAUGGUGGCAAUGGUAUUAUACGUAGGAUAUAUCGUAUGUUUUAUGAAUUUAUAAGUUCAGCUGUGGGUAUUUGGUUAGAGCACCCUAUUAUUACUACACUCAUAGUCACCGUUCCUUCAAUCAUGAUUACAUUUAUGUGCUACACAAUCUGCACCGCGGAGACGUACGACGAAGAUGCAAUGGACGAAGAUGAAGAUGAAGAAUAUGAUGAUGAUGUUCCCAUAGAAACAGAAGUUGGACCAGGAGGUGAUAACAUCAGCGAGGGACAUUUGAAGUCUGAGUGA